UGGCACGUUCUGUGCUUCUGUGCGUUCGGACGUCUAUUCGAAUCUUAUGCAGCUCUAGCUGCCAGCUGAUUGAAGAACACAAGAGCUGAAUACUGACAAUAGUGAAAUCAGUUUUGUCAAAUUUUUAUUUAUAUUUUUAUUAUUCCAUAUUUUCAAAAUACAAUAUGGAUAUUGUCGAGCAAAAGAAAAAUUGAAAACAUGAACGAAUCCACAGAAACUUAUUGGUCUUAUUUACCUUAUCCAGCUCUCUAUAAGGUCUUCCAAUUUCUUUCAUAUAAAGAACUUGUCUGUGUUGGCCAGGUUUGUAAAACCUGGAAUGCAGCUAGCUUGGACGAUCUAUUAUGGAAAGAGUUAUUUUUCCAACAGUUUUCAAUUGAUAGAUCAAUACCAGUCUUAACAGGGACAACAUGGUAUGAAGAAUUCAAGCGUUUGUCAUAUCAUAUACCAAUUGUCCAAACAGAGAUUUUGAAGCAACAUACUGACCAGGUACUGCAUGUCAGUUUUUCACAUAAUGGAAAAUACUUUGCCACUUGCUCUAAAGAUGGAUACGUUAUUUUAUGGACAUCCAAAUAUCCUGCACAAGUCAAACACCUGAAAAAUAUGGUUAGUUUCAAAUGGAAAUAUACUCAGUAUUCCCAGUUCAACGAAUCUGAUACCUUGCUCCUAGUAUCUGGUGUCCACUUGGAAAAUAUAACUAGCACUUCAGGGGAAAUUGCUGUGUUCAAUUUAGAUCGUUUUGAACUGCAGUGCCGCAUAGUAAACAAACCGUAUGAUAUCUUCGGUACUUGGUAUAGCGAUCAAUACCUGUUCUCCGGCAACCUAAGUUGGUUGGCUCAUCUGGUCAGUAGUUCACAUUUGUGGUUGAAUAAGGCAUCCCAAGAAGUGGAUUCCGAGUUGGUACCUAUUACCCACUGUCUGUUGCGAUUCUACAACAUGAAUGCCAGUUCCAUAAGAGCGAUCAUGAUAGCCAAUUGUCUUCCGGAUUCAGAAAAUGUUGACAUUUUUACUGGUGAAGACGAAACAGAUGCUCAUCUUCAGCAAAGUAGCUUUUCUUCGUGUCAUGGAAAUCCUGUUAGCCAUAACGAUCUCAUGUUCACAAAGUGUGAAGUAAGCAGAGAAUUGGCUACCGAGAAUUCUGAAACAAUUUGGUAUAACGCUGAUUAUCGCAAAGUAGAAUCAGAGCUGGGAAUACUAGAUGAUCUCAGUGACGAUGAAAUGGAACUACCUGAAAAUAUUACUGAGAACUCAGACGAAGGAUGUUCAGGAUCAUCUUCAGAACCAGAUAGAGACAGAUUCAUAAAUACCGACAAAUAUCUCAUCUUCACAACAGGCUAUAAGACGUACACCCCUCACCAGAUAGGAUUCAAACGGAUAAAACCAUUCAAGUUUCCUCAAAGGAUGGAUCCUGGACCUAGUUUGAAGGAGCGAGUAAUCAUAAGCAAACAAAGGGAUGAACAAAUGAGGUCUGGUAGUCCGCCAACUUUCCCAGAUUGGUCUGACUUUGAGAAAGUGGCAGACAAGUUUGAUAAAAUAGAUCACCUGAUAGAUCUACAUGGCCAUAUUGUUGGAAUGGGGCUGAGCCCUGAUCACAGAUUUUUGUAUGUAAAUAGUCGGUCUUGGCCCGAGAAUUACGUAAUAAGCAAUCCUUUGGAUCCGCCGCCUAUAGCACAAGAAAUCGACAUUCACGUUAUAGAUUUGGUAACUUUAAAGCAAGUGGGAACUAUGCUCAAAGCUCAUAAGGCUUUCACACCAAAUAAUGAAUGUUUUUUCAUUUUUUUGGACGUCUGUAAUGAAUAUGUUGCUAGCGGUGCUGAAGAUAAACACGGAUAUUUAUGGGACAGGCAUUAUGGAACUUGCCUUAUUAAAUUUCCCCACGACGAUGUAGUCAACUCUGUGGCGUUCAACCCAAAGGACUCUGAAAUGUUGGUCACUACGUCCGACGAUAAUACUAUCAAAAUUUGGCGUUCAAGAGCCAAAGUACAAAGUUUGGGUUUAGAAGAAGUUCGCCUGCCUAGAGGCAUCGAACUACGAAACAAAAAUAAAGGUACACGAGUCAGAUAACAUUGCAGUAGAUUUUAAUUUAUGAUGAUUUAUUUAAUAUAUUUUAGUGCUUA